UUAGAAAUCUUUCGAUGUAUAGUAACGUCUGGAACCCAUUCGGAAGGUUUCCUUCUCAUCUUUCAAUGUCUUUAGCAUCCUUCCUUCUCCUCUUUCAUCUCAUCGUCCUCAUCUCCCAUGGCCACGAGAUCUUUCUUCGCAUGGCAUCUUCGGACGAAUCCCUCCGAUUCUCUUCCGAUUCUCCAUUCAAGAUUGCAUUGUUCGCUGAUCUACACUACGGAGAGAACGCGUGGACAGAUUGGGGUCCUCAACAGGAUGUUAAUUCCAAUACAGUCAUGUCCAACAUACUCGACACAGAAACGCCAGAUUUUGUAAUUUAUUUGGGAGAUGUCGUUACAGCGAACAAUGUUCCGAUUCCAAAUGCGAGCUUCUAUUGGGAUCAGGCCAUUUCUCCCACAAGAAGAAGAAAGAUUCCCUGGGCUACUAUCUUUGGAAACCAUGAUGAUGCACCAUUUGAGUGGCCAUCUGAUUGGUUUUCCCCCACUGGAAUUCCUCAACUCAAGUGCCCAGCACCAAUAUCAUCAGUUUCAGAUGAAGAAAUGUGCAGCUUCAAAGGGACGAGCCGACUCGAACUUAUGAAGAAAGAGAUUGAAAACAACAUCUUAUCUCAUUCAAGAAAUGGGCCCAAGGACCUUUGGCCCAGUGUUUCUAACUUUGUAUUACAAAUCUCAUCUUCCAACGAUUCCAAACAUGCAGUGGCGCUUUUGUAUUUUCUAGAUUCUGGUGGUGGGUCCUACCCAGAAGUCAUCUCUGCUGCUCAAGUCAGAUGGUUUCAAAACAAAUCACAGGAGAUCAAUCCAGAUUCAAGGAUUCCUGAGAUAAUAUUUUGGCAUAUACCAAGCAAGGCUUACAGGAAAGUCGCACCAAUAUUCAGAAUACACAAGCCUUGCAUUGGUUCGAUUAACAAGGAGAGGGUUGCUGCUCAGGAAGCUGAAUGGGGUAUUAUGGAUAUCCUAGUACAGAGGCCUUCCGUCAAGGCAGUGUUUGUGGGCCACAAUCAUGGACUGGACUGGUGUUGUCCCUACAAGAAGCUUUGGUUGUGCUUUGCACGCCAUACUGGUUAUGGAGGCUAUGGGAAUUGGGCGAGGGGUGCAAGGAUCAUUGAGAUGACUCAACAACCCUUCUCCCUCAAAUCAUGGAUUAGGAUGGAGGAUGGUUCCAAACAUAGCGAGAUUCUUCUUAGUUCAUGACACAUUCUACUACAAUUUUUCUUUUUUCUUUUUUGUAGAAAAUGAAGACCGCUCAUUGGUAUUUGAGUGUCGCACACGUCUGACAUGUCACUAAUUUGUUACGUGAGCGUGCAUGUAAAAUCAUGUAAUCACAAGGGGAAU